AUGCCGGUGGUUCAUGACCGAUACCGAGUCAUCUGCAGUCUCAGCUCCACGCUCUACGGCUGGGUCUUCGCCUGCGAGGACAUGCAGGGCAGACUCGGCCCAGCCCCGCCUGCUACCGCCAUUGCACCCGUAGUGAUCAAGCAGGUCUCGCUCGAGCGCAUGGCCGCCUUCAUGCGCGACCACCCGCAAGAAGGACACACGCCAGACAACCCCAUCGUCGAAAAAGAGGUCGGCGAUGCCGUCCGAGCCGCGGGAGGCCACCCCAACCUCGUGCAGUACACCGACUCGUUCGUCGAGCAGCAGACGCUGUACCUCGUCAUGGAGCACUGCGCCGACGGCGACAUGUACGACUACCUCAGCAGGCGCCGGCAGCGCACCAUGUCGUGCAUGAACGCGCUGAGCGUGCUCUCGCAGGUGGCCGCGGGUCUGGCCUUCCUGCACCGACACGGCAUCGCGCACCGCGACGUGUCACUCGAGAACAUCAUGCUGCACCGCGGCCGGUGCAAGCUGGGCGACUUCGGGCUGGCCACGCGUGCUCGAAGUGCGGGCGGCCGUCACGUGGGCAAGAAGUACUACAUGGCGCCGGAGAUCGUGGCGGGGGGUCCGUACGAUCCGAAGGCCGCGGACGUCUGGUCGCUGGGAAUCGUGCUCUUCAUCAUGAUUACAGGCUCACCUCUAGUGGCCUUGGCAUCGACGUCAGUCAAGUCCUUCUGCGCCUUUAAGCAGGCGGGCAUCGCGACGGUAAUGGAGUCGUGGGGAAUGGCAUCGUUCAUGUCGAGCAGCGCGCUGCAGUUGCUGUCGGGCAUGCUGGAGGUGGACCCAAGCAAGCGGCUGACCGUCGAGCAAGUGCUGCAGCAUGAAGCCUUGCACGAAUGGUUCAACGGACGGGAACCUCAGGAGGGAUAG